GUUAGUCAAGAGAGUUAGUGUAGUAUCUAAGUGAGUGAAUGAGAACAAUACGUAUAUGGGACAAAAGAACUAAUGAAUUUGCAACACUAGAAUAUUUGAAAGAUAACGGUUUUUUACAUCAUGUUUGUAGUGUUGAUUUUUCAGAUGAUAUUUAUGGAGCACCAGUGAGAGUAGCUAUUAAUACAAUGUACCCAUACGUAUUUGGAGAUGAUACUGAUAAUCUCAGAGGAUACAUAGGUGCAAUUUGGAGUGCACUUGAAGAUACUUUUGAAUUCCGAUCAAUUUACACGAAAACAAAUAGAUCGAUGGGGGAUGCUUUUAUGGGUGGCGCUUACGAUGUUUCUUUACGAGCUGUUGCAAUUACCUCAUAUCGUGCUGGUCAUUACUCUUAUACCCAUCAAAUAGCUACUAACACAUACUCAUUAUUUACACUCUCAGAGGGUGCACGAGUAUCAGCAUGGUGGUACGCUAAAAUUUUUAGACCAGCAUUAUGGGCUAUGACAUUUGUCAGUUUAUUAGUAAUAGCCCUUCUACUCUUUAUUAUGUAUCGAUUAAAAAAAGCUCUUUGUACUAAUUACAUUGAGUGUAACAAUGAACUUUCAGCACCAUCAUUUAUUUUCUUGUGUGUAGUAGGUGGAAUUACUGGUCAAGGAAUGCAAAAAAUACCAUCAUCUUGGUCUCUGCGAUGUUUAAUAAUUACCUCAUUAUUAACGGGUGUUUUGACUUCUUGUGGAUUUAGCAGCACCUUAACAUCACAUUUAGCUAUUAAAAGUAGUACAGUUCCUAUAUCAAAUCUUAAGGACAUUGUUCGAGAACGAACUCACUCUUUAUGUUUUAGAAAAAAAAGUGCACCGUAUUCUUUAUUUUCUACUAAAAAUAUAGCUGAUAGUCCUUUAGCUCCUGAAUGGGAGGAUAUUGUAAAUACUCCAAAUUGUCCAAACAUGGAAAAUAGUGAUGAAGUAUUAAAUAAACUUUGCGAACCUAAAUUGGUCUAUCUAGAAACUCCAGUAUCACUUUUACGUGUUUAUCAGCAAGUUAAUCAUCUAUGUGAAAUUGUCAAAGCUCCAGAACCUACUUUACAAGUUAAAAUUGGAUUUUCUAUGGCUACUUCCUGGCCUUACAGAAAACUGAUUAAUAAAUAUUUAAUGAGACUUCGAGCAGGAGGUAUUUUGAAAUAUUUUGAAAAAAAAUGGAUUCCUCAAGAAUUUCCAGACGGUACUGAACAUAAAUUAAUAUUUCAACCCGUUGAACAAGGCCACAUGAGGUUAAUAUUCAUUGGACUAUGUAUUAUGUUUGUCAUAAGUGCUAUCAUAUGCAUCUUAGAAAAUAUUUGGUUCAGAUUUCAACGUUCUUCAGAAAUAACGAGAAGAAAAAAAAAGUUGCAAGCUCAUGUGCAAAAAAGAUUUAAACAAUGGAAUUCUACAACCCAAUUAACACAGUCACUUUGGAUAUAAUAUUAUUUUUUCAAUAAAAUAUAUCCCUGAAUUAUUUUCAAAAUCAUUAAACAUAAUUUUUUGAAUAAAAUUAUCGACAAAUU